UUUUUGGACAAUAGUAGUUUUGGACCAUAUACAAAAAUAAAACAAAUAAACCAAAUUCAGCAAAAUGCCGCUGAUGAAUUUGGAAAAUUGUGUUCAACACUCGAUUGGUUUGCUUGGAGCCUCACGUUGCAUGUCCACCUUCAAACAUUGCAAGUCUGCCAUUCGGGUGAAGAAAGUAAGCCGCAUAACGGAGAGAGCCGUGCCGGCAUAUUUCAAACAGCUCCGGCCGUGCAGAACGGACGAGGAACUGCGCGCGCAUUCCAGUUUGGGUUAUCAGCGCUGCAACAUACCUCAUCGGCCGGAAUGUAUAGAACCAUGCCUUAACAUGCAACGAUUCGACGCACAGCAUUACAAGCCCAGCAAGAGUCUGGAUCGUGACUAUCGGGCAAACUUGGCGGACUGUGUGCUGGAGAAGAUGCCAAAAACUUGUCGUAUCGAACGCAUUGCAACCGAAACUAGCCGUCGUAAAUUGGCAAUGCCCCGCUGUGUCCGAGUGCCGACGCAAAAGUGCCACACACAGAUGCCCAUCAAGUGUAGGCCUUUCACACCGGCAUCGGCCACUUCGGACGAACGCUGCAUCAAGUUUCCCCGCUCAAAGUGCCCUAAGGCGUGACUGAAGAUCCUCUGCCAGUUCAAACCCAAGACACAGACAGCUUGUCCGAGUGGCAAAAAGAUGCAGUAAGGCGGCGUGCAAUAACCGAGUGCGCCACAGAUCGAGAUUUGUGUCCAGAUUGGGAAUCUUUCGAAAAAUAGCAAAAAUUAUACUGAUCAUGACACAAUGCUCCAAUUGAGCCAAUUUUCAGCAUGUUGCCAUUUCAUUACCAAUCAUCAGACAUGGCUUAACAUCAAUCUCAGCUGCUCAGUCACAAACCAACUUUUCAACUGAAAUCGAUGGCAUCAAAUAAUUCAAAUUUCCAAUUUGUAAUUUUAAGUAUAUGAACAAAUUGAGAAGCGGAGUGCAAAAGAUUUCCACUCUCCGCGCCGAGUGCAGUCAGUGAGUGCGAUCCGCAACCAAGUCUCUGCGACUUGUGGAACUACUCUCAGACUGGGGGCUAAAUUAUUUAUGCCUGCAUCCUGCAUGAUGCAUCUUUUAAUUCGUCUCUCUUUUAUUUAGUCUCGGUACGAAUUUUCUUAAGUCGAAGAAAGUUGCAAGCUAAAUUUUCAAAUAUAUUUUCAUUGCAUUUUAAA